CAAAUUCAUCGGGCACGUGCUUUUGAAAUGAUAGUUAUCUGCCCUUUAAUAGAAGGUCGCGUGCCACACGUAAACAAACAAACAUGAGCGACCGAACAGACAGGGGUGUCGAGAGGAGACACAAACAUCACCAAAAGUUUCCUAGUGUAAUAAAUCUAAAUGUUGGAGGUAAGGUUUUUGCUACUAGACUUUCAACAUUGACCAAAUAUGCUGAUUCCAUGUUGGCGGUCAUGUUUAGUGGCCGUCAUGAAGUCGAUAAAGAUGCAGAAGGAAAUUAUUUCAUUGACAGAGAUGGAGAGUAUUUUGGCCACAUCUUAAGUUUUUUACGACAUGAGGAUCUGCCGCCUGCUGAGGUUGCUGAGAAUGUGAUGAAGGAUGCCAUGUUUUAUGGCAUCCACCCACUUGAAGAUUUACUGAAAAGUUCGCCAGCAUUGUUCGCAGAGUAUGUGGUUAGAGAUAAUAUACGUCUAAAGUUAUCGUCAUAUGAAGACGUUAAGCGAAAGAUAACAGCUUUGGCAAAACAGCAGGCAUUAGAUUUCAGUGCCAUUUCUUCUGUUGUUAAAGUUGUGGUGUCCAAAAAUCAACCCAUUCCACAAGAUCUGCAAUUUUCUUCCAAAGUUCACAAGCAAUAUUUUCGGAGAUUCAAAAUAUAUCCAUCAUUUGAAUCAUGUUUUGGCAAACAUUACAUUAAUAUACCUGCAGAUAAAGUUAGAGGCUCACCAGAUGAUAUUAUGGAUCUAAUAGCCAGCUGCCUGACCAAUGACCUUCGAAAAGAAGGUUAUAGGGGUCACGUCAAAAGAGAAAGUGUGUACGAGGAAUACAAUAAGAUUAAAACUGUAUCAUGGACAGAAUCAGAAUUUCACGUCUGCAUGUGUUGCCAUAGUUUCACAUUUAAUUGGCUGGAAACUGAUAUUAUUGGAGGAAAAAUGAAAAUCGGUGAUUCAGAAAAGUAACUAUAAGAUAUAAUGGUAUGAAUAAGUGCAAAAGGUAAUUAAUUUGUGAUGUGAAGAUCGGAUUCUCAUCAACUAAAAUCAUGUUGUAACUUAAAAUCUUUGUAACUCAUACUGGUAUGAGUUAUUAUCCACAUUCUAAUUUUAAAGAGAUAUUAUCCUUCUCAACAAGAAAAUAAUCUACAUGUAACUAUAGUCAAAUCAAUUUGGUUUGUAGUGGAAAUUAUUUUUUUCUCAAGAGACGAAGACUUCCAAAAGUGCUAAUAAGACCUCUUUAAAUGAGGUUGUCCACUUUCAGAAGUGUUUACUUUUAAAAUUCAGUUUCCUUGUGGUUGUCCUAGCGUGACAUUUAAACAUUUUUUGAUGUUUGUGCCAGGAAGAAGCUUCUCAAAUUAUAAGGCUUUCGAGCAAUUAUUUUAAUGUUUGUGGAUCUGUUUUUUUAAUGUUUUGUCUAUAACCUUUAUAGAUGGCACCUUUAUGGUGAUGAAAGGAGAGGGGGGGGGUAUAUUCCAUUGCCUGGCAAACUAUCUUUAAUUAGGCUUGAAACCUGGUCAGCUAGAAUUUUUCUUGAAGUUGAUUCAAGUACAUGUAGUUGUUAUCUAUCUUUUGUCAGGAUAUACGCAUGUACGACUAUCACCUUUAAAUUACAAUCGAUUCCGUGAGAUAUAAAAUUUUAAAUUUCUGUUAGCAUGGACCUAAUUAGAACCUUUAUUCCUGAAAUUUUAAUUAUAAUGUUUUAAAGAAUACGGUUUGUUCAUUGGCUAUAUGCACUUUUUUUUCUCAGUCAAUGAAAUGCUUAAAGUUGUUUUUGCUAGGUAUUUACUUUUAUCUCAGUUUGGUUGAUAUGUUAUCUAUGCAAUGUUUAAAACUAAUUCCAUAAGAAUUAAAAAUGUAUUAUUUAUCAUAUAACUGGAAGUAUAUAUGUAAAUAUAUAAAGGUCAAAUUUUGAUUCGAUUUAUAUGUACUUGUAAGUCGACAGUUUUAUUUUCUUUUGUAUUUAAUAAUGGCCAACCUUACUUCAUAAAAUGUUGGUGAACAGGAUGCAAUUUUCUAUUGUUAAAUAUAGCCCAUGGUUGUAUCCCUAAAAAAUUUUAUCACAUUAUAAUUUAUUAUGAUGAUAUAAACAUAUUUUCAAACCAAUUUAAAAAAUGUAAAUGUUUGUAAAGUUGUUUAAUUAUAAGUGCAAUAGAAUAACAUUGUUGUUUCCAAAGGGAGAAAAAAAAACCCCUGCUGAUGGCUUAACUCAAUAGUUUAAAAACUUAGUUAUGGUUGGAAAAAAGAUGGAGAAUGGCUGGUUUAAUAGAGAAUCGUCAUUGGAACAUCUGUCAUUUAGCUUUUUUGUUUAGGUCAUUUAUGCUUUAAAUUAGUUGCUAUGUAUUUUAUCCUUGUUACCCAGACUAAUGGUUUAUUUGAUGUCUUGUUGAUCAAGAAUAUAUCUGGUUAGGAACAAAGUAUUUUAGUGGAAAUGUAAUUAGCUUGGCAAUGGUGCUAGAGAAAGCAGGACAUUUCUCUGAUUUUCAUUGGAUUCAGCAUUUUUAUUUUAAGAAUGUUCAUUGUUUGUAUAUACAUGUAUAGUUUAAAUCACUCCACAUAAACCCAGAUGCAUUUUUUUUCUUAGAUAUAUAUAUUUCCUGUACGUUUUUCAUUCUUUUUAUCUAUCUCCACUAGGUUUCACUAUAAUGCUAUUUUAGUAGGAGUUGUUCUUUAAGAGCUGUUUACUGUAAUUCAUUUGGAAGUUAUGGUGACAUGUGCUCCCAACAGUUGGUUAAUGAUCUCCUACAGUGUAAUACUUAAAAGUUGCCAUUCACAAUCGUGCAUUAAUUGGUGGGGGGGGGGAACAAUAUCUAA